CUCUCUCUGAACAGUGCACCCAACUGAGUAGCUGCCUCACGCAAGAAAUGACUGGACAAAUUUAUAUGUUGACAACUAUGUAUGUAAGGUUCAAAGCCAAAGUCCGACUGCACUCAAGCUUUUGCCAAUCUGGGUAUAUGGGCUAGAAAGUUUAAAGCACGGGUGCCAUCGGUGAAUCAGACUUGCAUUUCUCGAUCGUACCACCACCAUGGCCUCAUCUUGCUACGUUUACUACUGUUCUGGACAUGGUUUUGGGCAUGGAACCCGAGUAUCUGCAUUUGCAUCUCAAUUUCUUAGUUUACCAGAAGACGAAAGACCAAUUGUGCAUAUAGUCUCUUCUGCACCCAGCCAUGUAUUCUGUGACAGCAUCGCGCUUGGCGCUCGCUAUCGCUACGCAGACUGGAUUGAUCCUGUGAUUGUGCAACCUUUGGCUUAUCGAGUUGAUCGCCAAAAGAGCCUUGAAGUGCUCAAGGCGUUUCUCCAGAAUAAGGACAAAUUCCUCGAAACUGAAUGUCAAUGGCUUACGAGUAUCAAGGCGAGAUGUGUUCUUAGCGAUGCUGCUUUUCUUGGUUGCCUGGCUGCGAAGACUGCAGGUGUUCCAUCCAUCCUGGUCACUAAUUUCACCUUCGACUCCGUUUACAGCUAUCUUGCAACAACCUUUAUUGACGAACAACAUUCUACCCACAUAAGCGGUAGCUCGUUAUUAUCAUCAGAUGUCCCUGUACCUCAUUCCUUUCUCGAACCACUGGUCUCCCAGAUCCACGCUGGUUAUCGAUGUGCCGAUUUACUCCUCCUCCUCCCAGGUCAUAUACCCAUACCCUCAUUUCCUAACCAGCCCUCACUUCCUGCAACUGAUUGGGUAGAUUCACAACAGAAUAGGUUUUCUGCACAGGUCAUUGAGCAUUUGUUGCGCCUGAGGGAAACCCCAUUCAAAUGCACUCUGCACGAUCACAUACCCUUUCCGCCCGUGACUGCCCUUGCUCAAAAGUCGGCGUCGGCGUCUGUUCCGCGUAAAGUCCUUCCAAUGCCUCUGCUGGUAAGAUCGCCUUCUUCUUCCGUGGAACGUUCUCCGUACACUCCGGAAGGUCGAGCACGGAUCUUGGAGUCUGCGAAGGUGCCACCAGAGAAGCACGAUCCGGAAACCACUAAGAUACUCGUUGUAUCAUUCGGAGGUCAGGUACUCAAGUGGCCUAGGACGCACUCUUCCGUGGUUUCCGCUCAGUAUCAAAUGGAAGAGUGCAAUACCCCGACUAAUAGUCCGAAGAUGGGAUUGGGUAUCAACUGGAAGAACUCAAAGACGCCACGACCUUCUCAGAUCGAAAUUCCUAGUCCUAGUGCUUCCACCCGUACGAGGCAUCCUGCGAAUUCAUUGGGAUUUAAGGACCAUCGUGAUAUUGACCCGCAACCAAUUUCAUCGCCUCGAUUGGCCACACCUUCACAUAUCUGGAUACCUGGAGCUCCUCCUGUUGUUAAUCCUCUCAGCCCCACUAUCUCUCCUUCUUCAAGUUGGAUCUCUUCUUCAAGUUGGGAUCGGUUAGCUGGUGUGGAUGUCGUUCACUCACCUCCGUAUUCUGGGAGACCCAAAGAGAAGGAAAACGAACUACCAUCUAGUACAAGUUCUUCCAGUGGCUUAAAUGCUGAUUCCUCGUCGACAUUCCCCUUAACGGAUAUGGUCAAUAUACCUGCUUCGCUGAGGGAAGUUUCUCCUGGUGCUAUCCCGCAAUGUAAGGAAAACUCAGAUAAAAUAUACCAUGACGGAGUGGGUUCAAGGCUGGAGAACAUGUCUCUGGGAGGUGACGGGUGUAAUGAGAUGGACCAUCCGCAACUUUUGCCCGAAUCUUCCUGGAUAGCCAUAAUCUGCGGUGCUUCUGAUGAACAACGUUUAGACACUUCCUCAACCCUCCCUGAAAACUUUUAUCUGGCGCCCAAAGACGUCUACAUGCCCGACCUCACCGCCGUCGCAGACGUUUUGCUCGGCAAACUCGGAUAUGGUACAGUAGCAGAAUGUAUAGACGCCGGAACGCCAAUGGUGUAUGUUUCGCGACCGCUGUUUGUUGAAGAGCUGGGGUUGAGAGUGUUGCUGGAGAACGAGGGUGUUGGUGUGGAGAUGAGCCGGGCGGAGUAUGAGAGUGGGAGAUGGGUUGAAAGGGUGAAGGAAGCUUGGGAAAAGGCCAGAGUUGCGAAGGAGUGGAAAAGGAGGGUCGAGGGGGGUGAGAAGAAAAAUAUCGUCAAUGGGAAUGGGGCAGAUAGAAUCACAGAAAGGGAAGCUGAGAUUAGGGACAUGGCAAGAGUGGUUGUGAAUUGGGUUGAAGAUUUCUGGCAAGGAAUCUAAUUUUCGCAGACAGAUCAUUUUUCUUUUCACGAUACAGGACUCGUAAGGCUACCUUCGUUGUUUAUCCUUUAUUCUCGCGUGAGUCAGUCUCGCAGUAUCAAGGUAUAAUGGGGGUAU